CAGAGGAUGAGACCUGCCUGGAGACCGAGCAGGAAACAGGAGGUGUGUGAGCGCGGGGUCUGCCAUACAAACAAACAAACACUCAGGUGGAGAUGGAUGAUACAUGAUCAUCUGAGAUCAACAGUUUCGGUUCAUAUCUGACCUGCCUUUGGAUAACGUGCAAAUUAGGCUGCAUAGGGAGGAGAUUUUUCUUCCCGAGGUAUGGGUGUACUACAGUCCUUACCUGGCCAACCAGAAUACGUUGAUCUGGCAGAAAAGACUGGCUUUUCAUUUGAACAGAUCGGAGUCCUGCAUAAAAGAUUUAAGCAGUUGAGCCACAAUGAAGAAACCUUGCGGAGAGAUCACUUCAAUGAAAUCCCAGAUCUAGCAUGCAAUCCCAUCCGCUCACAGAUCAUCGAGGCCUUCUUUGACAGAAGAAACUUCCGUCAGAAUGGUGAGGGGACUGUCGAGGAGAUCGGCUUCGAGGAGUUUCUGGUGGUCAUGUCCCAUUUCAGACCGCCAUCGCUGCACAUGACGGAGGACCAGCGUGAGGGCGUCAGGAAGGAGAAACUGAGAUUUUUAUUCAACAUGCAUGACACAGACAACGAUGGGACGAUAACCUUGGAGGAAUACAGACAUGUGGUGGAGGAGCUGUUAUCUCUCAGCGGGGCACUGGGGAAGGACACAGCCAAAAGCAUUGCUGAUGCAGCCAUGUUGGAGGUGGCCAGCAUUUCAAUGGGUCACAUGGAACCUGAUGAGUUCUAUGAGGGAAUCACAUUUGAACACUUCCUCAAGUUGCUGAGUGGCUUCGAAAUUGAAUCAAAGAUGAACAUUCGCUUUUUGAAUAUGGACACAACAACCUUAUGUAAGUGAUAUUGGUACACUAAACUGUGCAGUGACUCUGCGAAAUCUCAGAUGAGCCAUUAUCACGGUUUGACUAUAACGGUAACUAUCUGCUGUUUCCUGCACCAGUUUGUCGCUUGCAUUGAAUAUAUGCCUUACUCAUGUUUGAUUAACUAUGCAAAUUGAAAGCAAAUGUGUACUGUGGCUGCAUUAGGAGUAGUUUACUUUAUUGUAAGCAAUAAUAUGAGAUAAGUAGUCAAAUAACAAACAGCCUUUUGGCAGCACAACAAAGCAAUAAUCAAAUAUCCAUGCCUGGAGUAAUAUACUAUGCAUGCAAAUUUGGAUGCUUGACAAAUGUCUGAAAAUGUUCAUGCAAUAAGUCAAUAACUCUCAGUAAUCAGGGAUAUGAGCUUUCUCUUUAAGUAUAUCUGGAUGUGUCUAAGUCAAAAGUCUGGAAUGUAAUUUGUUCGUGUUACAAAUAUGACACUUGGAGCAUAAAUUUGCACAGUAAAAGACCUCAAGGAAACUGAUCUCGCUUCAGUUCAUGAUGUGUACUUGUCAUAAAAAAGGAAACGGGAGCGCUGUCAUGCAAGAUUAAAUGCUUAAGGGCAGUAUCUGAUUAUCUUAUUUAAGAAUAGGAGGAGAUACAAGUCACAAUAUUCAUGUCAAAAAUCUAUUACUCCCAGCCCAGAAAAUCAGUGUGAAAGCAAUCUAAGAAUAACUGCGAGUGGAUUACAAAUAGGAAGUUAUGUUGGUGAAGUGGUUACAGUGUAUACCAGAUGCAGUGACCACAACAUCCAGUUUGGGUCUGAUAAAGGAUCUUUGUUGUCACACCCAUCUCUCUUUCUUUCUCAUUUUUCCCACCAGCUCAUUUUACUGUCACCAUUAAUUAAAAGGCUUAAAUCACCAAAAAUAAAUAAAUAAAUUCCUUCCUUCCUUUGAGGCAUUUAUCUAUACCUGAUUAUUUUAUCUGUAGCCUCUGGUGUUGAUGUACUGACAGAUGUUGAGUUUUUGUGUUAUCUGUUGGAUGUGUACUAACAACUUAUUAUUUCCUGUGAAUGCCAGACGAUAGACUGUCUAAAAAUGUGGCCAUCAGCACUUUUGCUGCACUUUGACUUCUCACUUCAGUCAGGUGUAUACUGCCCUCCACAGGUCAAACUAUGUAAAGCAUAUUAAAUGAAAAUGAACCUGCAACUGACAAGUCUGUGUAAUGUCUAUAGCAGAGAAUUUGGAUAAUGCGAGAAAAAAAAUGUGUGGUGCAGUGCUUUUAACAUGAAAUAUGGAUAACUGAUCAGAUAUCAUUUUUACAAUCCAUGUCAGAGUAUCACAUAGGCUUUUACUUUGUGAAGCUACCCAUGUUUUACAAUAAAAUAUGCCAUGUGUAACUUUG